AUCAUGAAGGUAUUUAAACUGUUGGGAAAGAUUUCUGCCUGAAGGGAAAUCAUCAUAGAGAAAAUGUUGAAGAUUUAUCCCAUUAUUUUGAUAUGCAGUUUGCUGCUUGAAACCUGGCUUUCUUCUGGAGCUUCAGUGUUUCUGCCGAAGGAUCUGGCAGGGUCUCUUCUGAAGAGACAGAAACGCUAUAACACAGGUAUGUUUGAGGAGAUGAUGAAGGAUAAUUUGGAGAGGGAAUGUUACGAAGAACGCUGCGAUCUAGAGGAGGCCAGAGAGGUUUUUGAAGACCAGGAACAAACCAUGAAAUUCUGGAUCACUUACAUGGAUGGAGACCAAUGUCAGUCGUCUCCCUGUCAGAAUGGCGGGAAAUGUGAGGAUGGUAUGAAUACAUACAUCUGUUGGUGUCCAGCCCGCUUCAGUGGGAAGAACUGUGAGUUGGAAAUGGCAAAACAGUGUAAUGUAAAUAAUGGAGGCUGCAUGCACUACUGCAUUGUGGAUAAAAUUUAUGGAGCAGUAUGUGACUGCGCCGAGGGUUACAGACUGGCUCUGGAUGGCAGGACUUGUGAACCUACAGGGCAGUACCCAUGUGGACGUCUUGGAGCGAGUAUUGCUGAAACUCUUAACUCAAGGUCUCUUAUCAGUGAUACAACAGAGUCCACUCCUGCAGAUUCCCCUGAUGUGAACGGGACUAGCACAUCUCAACCUACACUGAAAAACAUCACCUCCUUCUUUCCCACUCAGCCCACCAUCGCAAAUAAUGAACAUCGUAUUGUAGGAGGAAAUGAGGCAACACCAGGGGAGAUUCCCUGGCAGGUGGUUUUUAUAGAAAAGGUGAAUAAGAUUGCAUUUUGUGGUGGCUCUCUCCUCAGUGAAGAAUGGGUCAUUACAGCUGCCCACUGCGUUGAAGGAAAGGUGGGAUCUUUCUUCAUCAGAGUUGGGGAACAUGAUGUCUCAAAGAAUGAGGGAAGAGAGAGUGACCACGGCAUAGUGGAGUACCAUAUCCACCCACGUUACAACUCUCGACGGAGUCUUUACAAUCAUGACAUCGCACUGUUAAAGCUCAAGGGACCCGUCAAAUUCUCUGACUAUGCCCUGCCCAUCUGCCUGGGCUCUAAAGACUUCAUAGAGAACUUGCUCAGGAGUGCGGAAAACUCCCUGGUGAGCGGCUGGGGGAGGCUACGGUACGGGGGCAUCGAAUCUAAAACACUUCGGAAAGUAGAGCUCCCUUACGUGGACCGGACGGAGUGCAAAGGCAGCAGCACCUACACCAUCUCCCGCUUCAUGUUCUGUGCCGGUUACAGUACGGUACGCAAGGAUUCCUGUCAGGGGGACAGCGGAGGGCCCCAUGCCACCCGCAAUCAGAACACAUGGUUCCUCACGGGCAUCGUCAGCUGGGGCGAGGAGUGCGCCAAUGAUGGAAAGUAUGGCAUCUACACCCGUAUCUCCAGAUACAUGUACUGGAUAAGUAAUGUUACUGGCAUCAGAACAGGACGUAUGUCCAAUACAGAUCAACAGAGUUAGAAUUAGAUUAAACCAUUGUGCAGGAUUGUUUUAAAAGUAUCAUAAAAAUACAUGUUGGAUUGAA